AUGGCAAAUCGAGACAAAAACAAAAAGAUCCUUCUAGAGUUGGUGAAACAGUUGGAUAACAACUGCUGCGCUGACUGUGGUGCCCCAGAGCCAGACUGGGCAUCCUACAAACUUGGCGUAUUCGUGUGUCUCAACUGUUCUGGAACUCAUCGCAACCUGCCCUCUAUUAGCCGAGUCAAAUCCAUCCGUUUGGACUUCUGGGACGAUGAACUAGUACAGUUCAUGAAGAGCAACGGAAACCGUGCCGCCAAAGCCUUUUAUGAAAAAGAUGUCCCAAUCUUCUAUUACCGACCCCGGCAAGAGGACUGCGAAGUUCUGAGAGAACAGUGGAUCAGAGCCAAGUACGAGAGACAAGAAUUCACUGGAGAAAACAAACACCAUCAAAAGAGUUACUCUUCUGGUGUGUUCGAGGGUAUGCUUUGGAAGAAGGGGAAGGACAAUGGCCAGUUUCUGAGGAGGAAGUUUGUUCUGUCAGAGAGGGAUUUCACCCUGAAGUACUACAAGGAGGAUGAGUCUAAGGGGCCUAAGUCUGUGAUCUCCGUGAAGGACCUGAACGCUACCUUCCAGCCAGAAAAGAUUGGGCACGUAAACGGCCUUCAGAUCACUUACCUGCAGGAUGACCACACCCGAAACCUCUUUGUCUAUCAUGAGCAUGGCCAGGAGAUUGUGAAUUGGUUCAAUGCCAUUCGGGCCAUUCGUCUUGUCUAUCUGAAGACAGCGUUCCCAACAGCCAAUGACAGCCAAUUGAUACCAUGGAUAACCCGAAAGUACCUAAAAGAGGGGUAUAUGGAGAAAACAGGCCCUUUGCAACGAGAACCAUUCAAGAAGAGAUGGUUUGUCCUGGACCCCCUAGACAGGAAACUGCUAUAUUUCAAAACCCCACUGGAUGCGGUGGAGCUUGGAGUCGUGUUCAUCGGCACGGAGAAUCAUGGGUACUCUGUGCAGGAGUGCGUGCCUAAAGGGACGAGGGGAAACAAGUGGAAGUGCGGCGUCGUCGUGGAGACGCCAGAUCGGCAGUUUGUCUUCAUGUGUGAGCAGGAUCGUGAACAAAAGGAAUGGGUGCAGGCCAUCAGACAAGUCAUCGAAAAGCCCAUGCUCCCUCAGGAUUACACCACGGAGGCCAACAUCCGAAGGCGGAGAUGACCUCAGGAAAUGGUGGA